AUGAUUGAGGUUUUUUUCAUUUUAUUAUAAAUAUUGAAUAUAUUCUUUCAGUUGGCCGCUAGUACUCAAGAUAAAGUGAAGGAAGCUGUUAAAGUGAAUUCUCAGUUGGAACAGAGGUUAAAUGAAUUGACGGCAAAGGUAAAAAAAUGAAGUUUUUUUCCAAAUGUAAAGUUUACAGCACGAAAAAUCGGUAGAAGUGUUCACUGAGCAGUUGAACAACGCUCAUAAGAUGAUUCGGGACAAUGAAAAGGAAUUUUCGGUUGUUCUUCAGAAGUAUCAGGUUUGAAUUGUUGAUUUAUAUUUUUUUAUUGUUCUUUGUGGAUUUUAAAGGUGUAAAAUGCUUGUAUGACCUUAAAUUACGCUGAAAAAUAGCCUUGAAAACUUUGAAUAUGAAAUGAAAUAAUUUUUUUAGGCUUUUUAAAUCAUGGAAGAACCUUAAGAAGUAUCAUACUUUGACUAAUUAAAAAAAUGGAUAAAAAAAUAUUGAAAUUUUUCGUUCUUUUUUUUAAAAGGGUAAAAAUGAUUGAAGGCCUUAUUGUUGCAGAUAGCCCCAAAAAAACUUUUUUUCGUUUUUUUAAAUCAUCUGAAAAACUCAAGAACAAAAAGCUCAUUAAAAAAAUAUUCAUCUAUUUUUUUAAUAUUUUUUUUGAAAGUAAUCUGUUUUCGCCAUUUUUUUGAGCGUUUCAUCAACUUUUUUUGUUCAUAAUUAACAAACUUUACAGUUUCGCUGUAAUUUCAAGUUUUAAUUCAAAAAAAUUCUGUUUUGAUAGAUUACUAUUAGCGACGGGUUUCUGACUAUCUUUUUUUAAAAAUUUCUGUUUAAACGUUCAAAUUGAUUCCGUUGUAAGCUAGGGAAUAUUUGAAAGUUUGUUUAGUUUUAAGAUUCAGUGAGAAAAUAAUGUUUCCAUUGGUUUCAUUGUCUUUUUUUUCGAAAACUGAGGUAGAAAUUUGAAAGAGGAGCUCGAAAUUUGGAUUUUGGGGUAUUUUUUAAAAAAGUUUUCCAGAUUUGCGACUUCUCAGUUUCGCCAUAAUUAUAUUUUUCCUCAAACUUAUAAUCUUUCAGUUAGAACUGGUUUUGUAGAUGUGAAACUUUGAAUGUAUUCCAAAAUAAAAUAACUUUUUUCAAGGAUUUAAACUUAAUUUAGCUCUUGAUUAAAUUCAAGUUGAAGAUUCAUCUCAAUAUUUUUGUUCUUUUUCAUGCCGUAUUUAAAGCGAUUCCGCGAAAUUCAAAAUAGCCGUCAGAGAAAGAGAAAGAUAACUGAAUUUUGGAGGGUCAGAGACCAUUUCGCAUUUCGCGGAAAUUACUUUGAACACGGCAUAACUAAAUUUUGGAGCGUCAGAGAUAAUUUUGAAUUUCUCAUGAAUCAUUUUGUACACGGCAUCGGAACCACAUAAACUUUAAUGAUUCAGUGAAAAAAAAAAAAUUGAAAUUCAGGAACUCCUUGGCGCUAAUCGAAAGUCAGCCAAUGAACUUCGAGCCGAACCGAUCGACUUGCCGACGGACGUUGAUCAACUACAGUUCAUGUGUCUCACGACGAAAGAAGAACUGAUCGAGACGAAAGCCGCCAGAGAACAUUGUGAACAGGCCUUGAAGGACGAGGUCGCCAUGUUGAGGUUUCAAGAAAAAAUUGCAUUUUUCUCAUGGUUUUGUAAUUUUCUCUUGGUAGAAGGAUUUAAAAAAAACGUUUUUUUUUCUUUUAUAUAUGUGUGUGCGCGUGUAUAUGGACGGAAUAGAUUACACCCAAAACUUUUAUGAACUGGGUAUAAAAAGAGGUAGUCGUGAGUCAGGGGUCGGCGUCGUCUGCGGCGGCGUCGUCUGCGGCGGCGUCGUCUGCGGCGGCGGACGACGUGGUCGGCGAUGAGGUCGAGGCGAGGCGAGAGUUGAUAUUGAAGUGAUGAUCAGGGGAGUUAGACCCUUAUAUAGUGGUCUAAUCUUCCACGUGAUCUAUUUCUUAGUCACGCCUUUUUUACAUACUCAACAUUUUCUUAUUUCUUAGAUUUUUUUGGGGUUCUGAAAAAGUUUAUUUUUUUAAUUUCUGAUUUCCCUUUGAAACAGGGAUUAUAAGAGGAAAUGAAGUGGAUUUAUUUAUUUUUUUAAGUUUUCGAUUUUUCAAAAACUUUGGAACAGGAAUAAUGAGAUUAAAAAUCUAGUUUAUUCAUUGAUUUUUCCUUUUUGGAGCGAAAAUUUCAAGAAAAAAAUUUUUUUUAAUUUUUUUGUUUGUUUUUGGAACGCGGGUUGAAACAGAAAAAGUAACUGCAGUUCAUUUAUUUAUUUUCCAAUUUUUUAAAACUUUGUUACAAGGAUUUCAGAAGAAUUUUAAAAAAAUCCAUUUAAAUCAUAUUUCCUUAUUUUUUUCAGAGCUAUCUAAUAGGGCUUCAGAAGAAGUAGUGGAUUUACAUUAUAUUUUUUUGAAUUUUAAAAAUCAUAUUUAUAUUAUAUAUUUUUUUUAAUGGAUGGAAUGGAACAAAGGCUCUAAAAUAGUAAAGAAGAAUGAUUAUUUAUUGAUUUUGUUUAGAACAAUCGAACAAGAAAUAUUGGCCCAGAAUAAUCAUCUACAAACGGAGCUCGGCAUUGCCAAUAGUAAGGUGAAAAAUAAUCAACUAAAUAAUUUAUUCAAAGUUAUAAUUAUUUGUGGAUUUAAGGUUUCUUCCUCGUCGGAAAUGGUCGCCUUGAGCGAAAGUUUCCAACGACAAGUUAGGGAUCUGCAAGUGACUGUUAAAGAGUUGGAGGAUCAGGUCACACAGGUUCAUUUUUUUAUUUUCAUUCAGUAUUUUUUUAGGAGUUCUAUGAAAGUUUUAGUCAAAAUUAGUACUUGAAAAAAAGUUUAAAAAAAGGUCUAGAAAUAUCAAUUUCUAAUAAAAUUUUUUUAAGAAGUAUCAUUUUUUUCAAUUUAAAGUUUUUUUAAAAAAUUGAAUUUUAAUAGACUUUUUAAAAAAGUCUUAUUAUGCCCUAGCGAUAAAAGAAAGUCAUUAAUAAAUAUCAAACGUCAUGAAAUUUAAAAAAAUCUAGUUCCAUGAAUGCAUUUUUUUCUUCAAUCUGGAAAAAAUUCAACUUUUUCCAAAAUUUCCAACUUUUCUGUCUCAUUGAAACUAUAGAUUUUUCUUUAAAUUUGAAUUAUUCUAAUAAAACCUCUUUGCCAGAAUGAAGAAAUUCAUUUCAAUUAUGAUUUUUUUUUUCUGUUCUUUAUGUUUCAAAAACGCAAAAGGUCGCCAAAAAUGGCUAAACGCGUUGCGGUCGCGCUGCGGCUCCGAAAAACCUGCUUGACGCGUUGAGAUAUUCUCCAUGCGAGAAAUUUAUUUGACAUCGCGUUUAAAAUUUUCCUUAUUCAAAGAUUAGGUCAAAAAUAUGCGGUGACAUUAGUGGAAAAUUUUCUCAUGGGAAAUUUUUAGCUCCAAGCUGAAACGGGAAACAUUGAAAGGUGGGAAAAAGGGUUAAAUCGAGAAUUUUUAACACUAUUUUGUUGGUUUCCUUCUCAAUUUGACCUUGUAUUUAAGGGUGGAUCUCUAACUUUUGCUUUUCAUUUACACGGGCAAAGUUCAGAAGGACCUAAAAAGAAGCUUUUCGAUAAAAUCCUUCAAAAGGCCUCACAGGCUGCUUUUUUUUCUGGACCUCUUGAGGAAUAGAAAGUGAAAAAAUGGAGAUUCCGAGAAACUUUUGACAUCUUUUCAGAAACUCAAAAAGGAGCCCUAGGUUAUCCCUUUUGAGGUUUUUUGACAUUGCUCGUGGAAUUUUUUGCUAUUUUACCCUCAUAAGGGACUGAAAAGGUUCAGCUGAAAGCUUCAAAAAAGGUGAAAAAUUUUUUUUGAUCUUUUUCUCGUAGCCUCGGGGGAUUUUUUUUUUUUAGAUAACUUGGCGUUUUUUUUUGGUUGCUUUUUAUGAUUUUAUUAGUAAAGGAUGUGAAAAAAUCUCUUGGGGGCCCUUAGAAGAUCUUUUUUCUUACAAAAAACUUCUGAAGAGCUUUUUUUCCUUUAUGCGAGAGUAUUAAUAUUGUCAAUAUUGGUCAUCAAACCAACUUUUUUUUUGCUUUUCUUUCUGAUUUGAUGCUUAAUUUAUGUACAAGCUUCGUAUUGAUAAAGGUCCAAAGCGAACGGAGCGCCGUCGAGAAAACGGCCCAGAAUUACAAGCAACGAUGCGCCAGUUUACAACACGAGCUGGACACUUCGGAAGCCGUCCAGAGAGAUUUCGUCAAAUUAUCGCAAAGUCUUCAGAUUCAACUGGAAAAGAUUCGGCAGUCGGAGCAGGUUUGACUGGAAAAAUAUAUGUGAAUUCCAAUUUUUCUAUCAUUUUCUGUUCAAAUUAGCUUUGUAGGAGCAAAUUUUCUUUAUAAAUUUUUUUUUUUUUCAAAAUGAUCCUGUCCCAGUACUUCAUUUUCUAUAUAUUUGCGGAAAAAAAUUGGAGAAUUUACCUUUUUUUCCUGUAAAUAACUCGGCUUUUUUCUUUUUUUUUGAUGCAAAAAGGCAUUUUUGAUUAAAAAUUACAUAUUUUACUUGGUUGUAGUAGUGAAAUUUUUUUCAAAGCAAAGCUUACAAAAAUAUCAAAGAAAAAAAUAUUUGGCUUCAAAAAGAAAUAAUAAUAAAGUUCAAAUGUAUUGCGAGUGUCCUACCGAUAAUUUUUUUCACUGUUUUUUUGAAAAAAAUAUCUCAAUUAAAUUUUUUUCAAUUUUUCUCCAGUAUAUGAAGAACUUACAUAAUAAACAGACGAGACAUUUAUUUUUUUGAAGUAAAAUUAAUUUUUUUCAUAAUUCUCAUGUUUUCUUUCUCAUAUCAACGUUUCUUGGAAUUUAUUAAAUAUUAUUUUUUCCUGAGAAUUUUAAUGCACAGGUAAUUUCGACAUCAAAAAAAAAUUUCGAAGAAAAAUUCCUCCUAUAAACUUAUUUUCAAACAAUUUCACCUUUUUCGCACAAAUUUUUUUCUCGAUUUUCAGGAAGUCCGUUGGCAAUGGGACGAAGACGUCGACAAAUGCACGAAUUGUGAAACUUCAGUCGCGAAAUUGAGACCGAAACCUCAGUUAGUGAUUUAAAAUUGGAUUUAUUUUCAAUCAAUUUUCAAAAAAAUUCUGAACUUCAAGUUCAUUUUUUUCGCCUUUUUUUCUGAUAAUUUAUGAAAAAAAGUCAUGAAAGCUGUUAUUGAAGCAAAAAAUGCUGCUUAAAGGCAUAGGGGCAGUAAAAAAUGGGGUUUCAGGUGAAAGCAGUAUCUUAUAUAGUUUUUCUUUGCGAAUCGAAUAGUGUACUCAAAACAAUUAAAGAUGUGAAAACUUAAGAAGAAAAACGCGAUUUUAAUUUACCGCCUUUAAUUUUGAAAAAAGCUUUGGAUCGGCCUACGGACAAAUGUUUACAGUAGCCGUUCACGCGAUGUUGCGGACGUCUCAUUAGACUCGCAUUUUGGGAGAAAUAACCGGUUAUCUGCUUCAAAUUGAGGGUUUCUUUUCUGAAAAAUCGAUUAAGAAAACAAUGUCUACACCAGGAACUCUGAAGUAGUCCCUAUAGGGUCGACCUUAGGGGAGGUUACACUUGGAGGUUACACUCUAGGGACUACUUUACCAACCCCUAUAGGGGGCCCAAACGCUUGAAAAAGUGGUCCCUAUAAAGGGCAUGAUAGUCGAUAAUUUUAUGAACUUUAUGUGAAGAAGAAUUUCUAUGCGAAAAACUACAUAAAUAAGUGUUUUUUGAAUAUAAUUAAGAGACCCCUGUAGGGACCACUCAAGCUUUUGAGGCUAACGGGUCAGACACUAAAAGCCCUAUAGGACACACCGCGAUUUUACCCCCUAUAGGGACCGCUUUUCGGUCCCUAUAGGGAUUACUCAAAAAUUCCUAAGAAAUUUUUAAAUUAAUCAAGCUUUGUUCAGUUGCCGCCACUGCGGAAAGAUUUUCUGCAUAUCCUGUGUCAAAGACACGGUCCCAAGCGGCCCCCAACACAGGCCGGCCAACGUUUGCCAAGUCUGCCACACCCUUCUCAACAGGUUUUCUUUAAAAUAAAAUCAAUCAAAAAAAAAAAAUCAAUUUCAGAGACUCCAAGCCUUUCUUCGCGACCCGUGAGAUCUGA